CGCACAAGUCCACUCAACUUCAAAAUGUUCAAACUUUUCGUUUUCUUCGCCGCCCUUUUGGCUUUCGCCCUUGCUGCCCCUAAAGCCGCUCCCCAAUUCCUUUACGGAGGAUAUGGAGGUUUGGGCUAUGGAUACGGAUAUGCUGCCCCUGUAGCCUAUGGUGCCUAUGGCCACUAUGGAGGAUACUAUUAUUGAUCAUGUGAAAUUUAGACGGAAAUUUGUAAUAAAU